AUAUGGAAGGAGAUAAAUGAUGGUGUGUGGGAUGUUAUAGGGAUGGGACCCGAAAUGAUCCAAAGCCGGCCCAUGGCAGCAUUGCUGUGCAAUGCCGAGUUCACUCGGAAACUGGGGUUCAUAUUUGUGGAUGAAGUCCACCUAGUCCUUCAAUGGGGGUCAACGUUCUGCAAGGAUUACCUCAAACUCGGUGAACUUCGGUCACGUGUCCAAACACGCAUUACAUUCCUUGCAAUGUCUGCAUCUCUUCAUGAAAGUGCUGAAGGAGAGAACGAAGGAAGGUCAGUUGGGAGGUUCAAACGAGACCACCACCAAUGUUACAAAAAUGGGGCCGGAGGCGCCCAUUUUCGUCCAUUCAAGGCACAGGAAAGGGGAAAGGUUGGGGAAUGGGGUUCAUAUGGUUAUACAGAUGUUAUCACAGGCAGUUUAACAUUAGUUGUAACAGAUGUUAGCACAGCGGGUUUUUGGUUGUUUAUUGAUUGGUUCAACUUAAUUACUAUACAAAUCAUGUGA